UUCACAACAGAUACGAGAAGGGCGAUGACUCCUUCUGAUCAAGUCCGGGGUUUUGUCCAGUUCAACCACUUUGGAAAGUGAGAAGAAUACCAUUUGCUCGGGUACACCUUACCGUCCUCAGGAUUAAGGAUCGAGAUUUGAAAUGUGCCUCAGUCUUUCCAGUGUGUUUCCUGUCCUCCUUCCGGUGUUUCACAAGAGAUGCCCCAGUGUUUCUGUAGCUCAUGCUGCACCGAGGGGCCCCUCGGUAGUAGCAAAGCCCAGACCCAAACUGGAAGACAAACUGCGAGAUUCUGAAGAAAAGGAUGGAGGAAUGUUUGGAAAGAGAGACAGGGAAAUCAUACUUUUCCUGAGGCGCGGCAGGCCACCGUCCUGGCCCCAGAGGAGGUUCGACGGGAAGAAAGGGGGAUGGGGGUGAAGAAAGGAGUAGGAGUUGGGCUGUUUUGGGGUAGAUAGCUUCGGGUUCUUACCUGUUGAUUCUGGUCUGAAGGUCUGAGGAUGUUGUCUUCUCAGAGGAACGUG